CAAUACUUUUCACACGUUAGAUACGAGAAGAUCGUUUCAAGUCUCGUUCGUGUAUAAUGUUGUGUAUUCUGUGUAGUGAUAAUAAUACAUAUGUGUUAUAUUACAUUGUGGAGUGAGUUAUAUGGUAUCGAAGUUUCUAUUAUGAUUUAAUUAAAUAAAAAUAGAAUCGUUUCAAUAGAAGAGUUUUCUAUUAUUUUUGUGAACAUUUUCCGUAUUUUUAUUAUAUAAUGUUAUACGUUUUUAAGUAUUCGAGUUUUUUACUAUUUUCUAUACUCUCAUUAUGUGUUUCGGAAAAAUUAAAUCGUCCAAAUGUGAUAUUAAUAAUAGCUGAUGAUAUGGGUUGGGAUGAUGUGAGUUUUCACGGAUCGAAUCAAAUUUUGACUCCGAAUAUAGACCUGCUGGCGUACACCGGGGUGGCGCUAGAACGAUAUUACAGUCAUUGUGUAUGCACACCGUCACGCUCGGCUCUCCUCACAGGGAAAUUCGCUCACGUGACAGGAAUGCAAGGCUAUCCCUUAACAAAUUCUGAGGAUAGAGCUCUCCCAAUAACAGAGAAAACGCUGCCCCAGUAUUUCAAAGAAGUCGGUUAUGCUACACAUUUGGUCGGGAAAUGGCAUGUUGGCCAAUCUCGCGUCGAAUAUUUGCCAACAUCUCGGGGUUUUGACUCUCAUUUCGGCCAUCGAGGCGGUUAUAUUGAUUAUUAUGAGUACACGUUAUUGGAAACGUGGAGCGUCGGAGAUGUCUCAGGGUUUGACCUCUUUCGUAAUUAUACUGCGGCUUGGGAUGUUGAAGGAUACAUCACCGACGUUUAUAAUAGAGAAGCUAUAUCACUAAUAGAUUCACAUGACAUUUCUAAGCCUCUGUUCUUGAUGGUGGCCCAUAAUGCCCCGCAUUCUGCAAACGAAGGUGCUCCGCUACAAGCUCCACCAGAGCUCGUCCGCUCCUUGCGUUACAUUGAUCUACCACAAAGACGAUAUUAUGCUGCAAUGGUGAAAAAACUUGAUGACAGCGUAGGGGAUAUAGUUAAAGCACUGUCAAAUAAAGGUAUAUUAGAUAAUACCAUAAUAGCGUUCAUAUCAGACAACGGUGGAAUAACAUCUGGAAUGUCUGUUAAUUAUGCAAUAAACUGGCCAUUGAGAGGUCUCAAAAUGACUCCAUUUGAAGGAGGAAUAAGAGUGAACGGAGUAGUGUGGAGUAAAAACUUAACACAAGGAGAGCAUUUGUGGAAAGGAUACAUGCAUGUUGCUGAUUGGUUGCCAACGCUUCUGAGUGCUGUCGGUCUUGAACCUCCAGCGAAUAUCGAUGGUAUCGACUUAUGGGACAGCAUUGUAUCCAAUAGCGAAUCUAAAAGGGAUGUCAUAUUUGAAAUUGAUGAUUACACAGGUUUUAUGGCAAUCAUAAGUAAUGAUUAUAAGUUGGUUACUGGAGUUGUUAUUACGAAUUAUAGUAACCAUCAAGGUGAUAUGUUUAGAGGUAUUAUUGGAAAUGGUCCAUCAUAUGAGGAUGCUAUAAGGAAUAGUACACUAUACACUGUUUUAUCUGAUCUUGGAAUUCCGUUUAAAAUGAGCGAUACACGUCUUAGAAACAAAAUAAAAAUUUCAUGCAAUGUGGAUAAGACUAACAUUUGCUAUCCUAAAAAUGGUAAAUGGUGCUUAUUUAAUAUCAAGGAAGAUCCUUGUGAAAUUAUAGAUUUAUCGUCAACAUAUCCAGAUAUUGCGGAAAAGUUGUACUUUCAAUUGAAAAUAGAAAUGAAUCGGACCAUACCUAGAAAGGUGCCGCAUGAAAUAAACUUACAAGCAAUUCCUAGUUUGCAUAAUUAUACUUGGGACGUUUGGCAUUCAUCAGAAAGCAACUCUUAGAAAUUUCUAAAACAUUGACUACGAACCGAAACAAAACAUUGUUAAUGUCCUAAAUUUAUUUCACUAAUCUUAAUAAAAAAACAGUUAUAUUUUUUUUAUAAACCUAUUUUUUACAUUAAAAAUAAAAAAAAAACACGACUGCUCUGAAUGAAUUCCUUCAGAAUGAAUUUAUAGCAAGUGAUUUUAGCCAGUGUGGAUGAUGAUUCUAAUGAUACCGAAUACACCCAAAUAUUUUCAGGCAUUUAAGUGUUAUGGUAAAAUAAUGAAACUCACAUACAUAAAUAAACCCAAACAUACAUAAGCUUUUCCUCAAAAGCUUUGUUUAUGUAAUUUAUUUUAAACGAUUAUAGACAUACAAUAUAAUUUAUAUUUUGUGUUUGGAUAUAAAUCAUUUAUGUAAGGAAGCUUUUAAAAAAUAUCUUAAUUACUAAUUGAUUAACCAUAAUCACACUUACACACAUAUCCUAAACAUACACACACACGCUUGCACAUGUGCUUACAUCGGAACGCUGUGAAUAUCCAAUUAAUCUGUUGUUAAACUUGGGUCUAUUAGAUUCAUAUACUUAAAAAAAUUG